CUCCCCCCGCCCGCAGCCGCCGCGCCAACGGAGGGCGCGCCGAGGCGCCGCGCGCCUUUCAUUGGCCCGCCCGCCUCAUCAAUCCCAGGUAUUGUAAAGCGCUUGACAUCCCCUUUUGACAAACAGGGCUGCCAGGAGUAGCAACUUUUUUUUUAGCCAAAUUUUUUCCCUCUUCUUAUGGAAAAAAAUUUUUGCCACGAUUUCUUUUCCUUUUCGCAUUCAUAGACAUUCUCUCUCCUCUUUAUCCGUAUCCCUCUCCCUUUCCCUCUCCAUCUCUCUUUCUCUAUCUUGUCCUUCUUCAGACCUGCUCUUAGCUUAGCGAUUAGCGACUUCGGGCGUCUCCGAGAACAGGAGGCGGGGAUGGGGCUGGUAAACACUAAGCUAAGGCACUUCCAGAAUGUCCCGAUUCAGCAACUUUCUUUUCUUUCUUUCCCCCGUCCCCGCCUUGAAGGGCAGCAAAGGAGGCUUUUGUUAUUUGCUCCUUUUGAAGUUCGCUUCCCUCUUGCUUCGUCCCCCUCCUGUUUAUAAUUUAAGAUCUAGGGAGCACACAGGCACACCACUUUCUCUUUACCAGAAAUGUGAUUUCUCAGGACAACCGGUUGCCUCGAUUUUCUCACUGUUAUCAAAUCAAUCAGACCUCCUGCUCCCUCCUCCCCCCCAAAAAAUAAGCACAGGUGGAUGAGAGCUCCAACUUUCCAGGUUCAGGGUUUUUUGUUUUUGUGGGUUUUUUUUUUUUUUUUUUAGCAAAUUGAAAACAUUGUUGCCGAAUUUUUAUUUUUUCCUUUCCUGUGAUAUUCUUUUCUUUUCUCCCUUUUCCCUAGUCUCCCUUGUCUGCCCCCACUAACCCCUCUCUCUGCACUCCUGUUCCCAACCCUGGCCCCUUUCAUUCAGGUAAAACUGUAAAUUUCCCAACACGCCAUUGUUCUUCAGGACUGCCCAAAGCUCCCUAGAAAUCCCCGAAUACUUUUUUUGGUAUUUAAAUCUCCGAUAGAUAGGACCAAUGUAAAUUUUGUGACAUUCAAACCUUUUCUAGUUCACAAAUCAGUCACCCUUGUCACAGUUAUUGAAAUUCCGCAACUCGCCACACCAGGACGGUGGAAAAAGCGGGCGCGGUCUUUGUUGCCGACCAGGCUUUUGAUCGCCAGAGAAAAUUUACUUACCUUCAGAUGAGUGAGCAGAAAAAGAAAUAACACUCCCUUUGAUUUAGUUAGGAAAAUGCAGACAUUUGGAUUCAGUGCAAACAUACAACACUCGCUUGUUUUCGCGAUGCGGCCCUCGAUUAACCUGUCUUUGCCCAGCGCAAAGUCUAUUCAACAACUGCGCGUAGUUGCUUUUUGUCCCGUCCACAAAGAGCCAUUGACUAUAUAUUAAAAUGAUUGUUGAAAGGUAGAGGAGUAUGGCACUUAAAAGCAGGGGAAAAAAAUCCCUGUGACUCAAUCAAUUAAGGCGAGCAACAUUUAUGCAUUUCAAAAAAUGCAUGCGGAUGCGGGGGGUUGGGGGAUGAAGGUUGCAUUUCUCCGCAGCUCUGUUUAAAACCCAGCAGCCCAGGCCGAGGGUUUAGCUGAAGCGUCUGCAUAUUCAUUAGGUCUAAUUAUUUUCUAGUAAGGAAAACACAAAAAGCCAAGAGUCGGAAUCCUUCAAUUUGCCCUUUGUUUCUAACUUCAUUUGGCUUCUUUGCAGCUGAAUCACAGCCCUAAACUCUUUUCUCAGACAAAGAGACCUCAACUCAUCCUUUCACAGGCGGCCCCGUUAGGAAACUCACCAGUGCCUGGGCGAGAGGAAAAUGAAAAUGAACAUUUUUUGCCCAGUCGCCUGUUCGGGCUGCACAGGCUGGAAGAAGGCAGGGUCAGCGUUGGCCUGUCCUCCUUUCUGGUUUCCUGGUCUUUUCAUCGACUAGAUUCUCGCUUGGGGCUGGCGAGCUGAGCUGCCCUUUCCCUGGGCUCUCCCUGCUCAAAACUGGACUUCUGUUAGCUGGGAUGGUUUCCUGGUGUCUGAAGGAAACUGGCUGAGCAUUUGCGCUUGUUGUGCUGGGAAAUAGAAAUUUGAGAAAGAAAAAAAAAAUCAAAUGUUCGGUCCCCAGCAACAAGUCUGAGUGCAACAGCCCCCGAAUUCCCUGCCAGCUUUGAGUGGAACCAGGACGGGGAAUGAAGGCAAAGGGCUGGGGCUUGAAGGGUGGUUUAAAAAAAAAAUGUUAUAUACUUUGUUUUUAAAAAAGAUAUAUCGGAGCCACUCAGUCUUUUCUGCUGCCUACAAGGGAAAUUUGGAUCCUGCCUCCACUGCCGUUGUAAAACUCUUAUCUGCAAGGAGAAGCUUUCUCUAGAGGCUGUACUGCUUUCACCAGGGAGAACAAAUCUUGAACCCACCUCUCCUGCCUUUCAAAAAAAAAAAAAAAAAAAAAAACAAGGGAGGGGACCUGAGGGGAGAAGGGUAGCCGCCGUUGGGAGGGGGAGAGGGGAAAUAAUUCUUCAAAAAAGAAAAGUCAGUCCUCUCCUCUCCUGUUCGUGGAAUAUCCAAGGGGGACGUUGACAAGAGGGUAUUUUUAGGAAACGCGUCCAAAUAUACAGAGUAAGAGUGAAUGUGAGAAAAAAAAAGUUGUGGGUUGUAGAAGUUAUCAAGUGGGAUUUGCGGCGCUCUCUGCAGGAAACGCAAGCGGCUCCAGUUCAAAGCCACAUGCACCAACGUGACAUAUAAGCCAUUAAAAUAUCAUCCUGACGGCUCAUUUCUGCUUCAUCAUACAUUCCCUAACUGCUUCCCGAAAGCUGGAAAAGGAGAAAUGAAAGAUGACCGCCUCGCUGGAACCACAAAAGAGAGGCUUGGAGGGUUUUGUGGUCCCCCUCAGCCACCUCAAAGUGAUGUGCAGAAAUGAGGCGAUCCCGGCAACAGGUGGAGCGGGGCUCAAAGUCAGAAAAUGAGAUACAAGACUUCUUUAGUGAUGAGGAAACGAAUGCGGCUUUACCGAAACGCCCUGAAAGAGUCAAGUAGCAGCUCCGGACACCAUGGCCCCCAGCUCGCUGCCGCCUCCAGCCCCUCGGUGUUACCGGGCUUUCACGAGCAGCCUCCCCAGGUCUCCCCUAGCUGCACUUUGAAUGGACUCCUGCGUCUGGGGCUCCCCGGAGACAUGUACGCACGGCCCGAACCCUUCCCGCCGGGACCUGUGGCCCGCAGCGACGCCCUGGCAGCUGCCGCAGCCCUGCACAACUACGGGGGCAUGAACCUGACCAUGAACCUCGCCGCACCCCACGGUCCCGGCGCCUUCUUCCGCUACAUGCGCCAGCCCAUCAAACAGGAGCUCAUCUGCAAGUGGCUGGCGGCCGACGGCCCCGCACCCCCGCGCCUCUGCUCCAAAACUUUCAGCAACAUGCACGAGCUGGUCACGCACGUCACCGUGGAGCACGUCGGAGGCCCUGAGCAGAGUAACCACAUCUGCUUCUGGGAGGAGUGUCCGCGCCAGGGCAAGCCCUUUAAAGCCAAAUACAAACUUGUAAAUCACAUCCGCGUGCACACGGGCGAGAAGCCCUUCCCUUGUCCUUUCCCGGGGUGUGGGAAAGUCUUUGCUAGAUCAGAAAAUCUCAAAAUACACAAAAGAACUCACACAGGGGAGAAGCCCUUCAGGUGCGAGUUCGAGGGCUGCGAGCGGCGCUUCGCCAACAGCAGCGACCGCAAGAAGCACUCGCACGUGCACACGAGUGACAAGCCCUACACGUGCAAAGUGCGCGGCUGCGACAAGUGCUACACGCACCCCAGCUCGCUGCGUAAGCACAUGAAGGUGCACGGGCGCUCGCCGCCGCCGCCCAGCUCUGGCUACGACUCGGCCACACCGUCUGCCCUCGUGUCGCCCUCGUCGGACUUCGGCCGCGAGCCCCCGGUGGCCUCCUCGGCGGCGGUGGCGGCGCGUAGCGCCGACCUGAGCGAAUGAUGUCCUCCGCGUUGCUCGCAAGGUAAUCUCGCCCUGCGCAGCUGAGCGCCCGCAUCUUGCGCCUGCGACAUCAAAGGGCCCGCGCACAAAGCAAUGUUUCUUCGCCACGGUGCAUCUUCAUGGUAAGUUAGGAUUUCUAUGGCAAUGGGCAAGUCGCACUGAAAUCCUGAAAGGCCGAGCCUGGAGCCCGUCCAGGCUUUUCAUUAAGGACAUAAUAUUUACGUCUAACAGGCCUUUUUUCUUGUGUAUACAAGUAUAUAUUUUUGUUUGACGCGGACUAAAUCAUUUUCAUUUAAUUUCCGGUAAACAAAACCCACGCGAAUGGGCACUUGUUCCCGAUCAUAAUAAAAAUGGAUAAUAAUGUGAGGGAAGAAAAGGGCCGCUUGAAUCGCCGCUCAGCUCCCUUUGUUUCUGCUUUCUGCGGUGAUCAGAGGGCGCAUUUGGGUUUGAUGGCGAGUUUCUAAAGGCGAGGAAAUGGUUUGUAAGAGGGGAAAGAAAAGGAGAAAGGUCUAAUCAAGCUCGGGUUGUUCAAAGAGUCGGGUUUUGGGGUUGAAAGUGUGAGUUUGACGGUGCAUCAGCAUGCCGCGUUAGGCUCGCCAUGGAAAUGCGCGCGGGGAGCGGCCGCUUCAAAGGCGGCACACUUCACUGCAGACACUCUAUUAAGAUACAUUUGCGCUGACCUUUGCUUUCACGCCAUUUAAUACUGUCACUGUGCUCUCCAGUAUAUACUUCCUCCUUAGGACCUGCCUCGCCAGCGUUUAGGGGUUCACCUGGCACUCCGAUGGGGGCGGGGGAGGGGCGCUUUGGCAGCAGGGAAGCUUUCGGGAAAGGGAGGAGCCAGACUCGUGCAUCUUGACUGCGCCCUAAAGAGGCUCCAGGGUCAGAAGUAAAUAACUUUAGGACGAGCUCAGAAGCUUAACAAAUGAGCAUCCCCAGCUCGGUUUUGUGCCAAGUGCCUCUCAGCAUCUUGAGCAUGUUGGAGGCCUGAAUUUCAAUGGGACUUGGGGGAAGGAAAGGAGCCACCCUGGAUGAGUCUGGGGAGUUCAGACUGUGCCUUUGGGACAUUUUCACUCUGGCCCCCAGCCCAGCCCAUUCUGCCCCUCUAUCCCGGAAGUUUCUCACAGACCCCCAAACUUGUUUCUCCGCAGGGUGGGGUGUAUGGUACCCCUCAGGCCUGCGCUGGCCCUGGGCACAGACUCAAGAGCCCAAGGCCAAGGGGAUAGGGAAGAUGGCAGGAAAGUUAGAAGUCCAUGUUCCCUUAAUUGUCUUGUUGUUUAUUUUAUCCAAGUACCCCAGUGAAUAGGGGAAAAAUAAACACGGUGGAAAAAAAAUCAAACAGUGGAGUCUUCUUUAGUGCCAGUCCUUGUGGUUGAAUAAAAAGGAUGGUCCGCUUUCUAUUGAGCUGAGAAAUCUUUGAAGUGGGAGUUAUUAUCUGAGACAUUCCUGCUUGUCGUCCUAACAACGCUGAUGAAACGUAAAAGGUUCUUUGUCAGCGAUUUGUUCUCCUCUCUGUCAAACUCCCUCUGCCCCGUUAGUUUCAAACUGUUUCUAAAGAGAUAAAAUCUAACUUUUUUUAAAAAAAAUACAUGCACACUACACUAACUGAUAACUUAAGGCCAAGUCCUGCUAAGGGAAAAACAAAAGCAAUGCAGAGACAUCAGGUCCAGAGCCUGCGGAGGUGUGCAGAUGUUGAGGGGCCCUUUGCCCAGGCUCUGGGACAGGAGGGAAAGAAUGCAGAGAUAGCGCAGGCAGAGGGUAUACACCCUAAGCCUACACUGUAUGUCUGCUUCUCUCUUCUCUGGUCUGCACUCAAUUAGUCCAAGUCAGGUCACCUAGAGACCCCUCAAGCUCCCAAUAUUCUUGCUCCGAAUCCUUGGAACCAAGGCUGCAGCCAAGCAAUUGUUACUAUUUCCUGCUCCUUCGAAGACAAUCUCUGCUAAAAAGAGACCCAUUGUGUGUUUCUUCCCACUAGCAGCAAUCAGCAAGCUCUUUCUGCCAUUAAUAGAAAGGAGAGUGGCUUGAGGGAGACAGACAUUUUUAUAAUUUCCUGUUUUCUUCAGAAUCUUGGCAGUUGGAGUUCAGAAGGUCCACGACCCCAAAGUGCAUGCAAACGCCCCCCUCCCAUCCACAUGUGCAGUUCUUCAUUUCAUAUUGUGCCCAAGAAAGAAACUUUCACCCGUCCAGCUUUCCCCAAACCUUCUGAUGUAGUUUUAAAGGUGGUUUAAAUAAACAAGGAUGUUCCAGCCUCCCCACCCCGUGUGUGCUGACUAAAUGAUUUGUAAAGAAGUUUCCCCAAGCUGUAACCCAUGCUGUUAUUAUAGUUGCUACAAAAUGUUGUCUCUUAUAUUGAUUUUUAUUUGUUUACUGGAGGUCCCCAUAUGUUUGUUUAUAUUGCUAAUUUAUGGGACAAUGUAAUGAUUGCAAUGAAUGUGAAUUAUACAGACAGGCAAAUGUUUUGUAAUCGUAAUUCACACACGCAAGAACGCCUGACUGAAAUCUUAGACUAUUUGGUACCCUCUCUAGCCACACUGUUUGUGAUUUAUCACCUGUCCCCUUAGCAUCCUUAAAUUAUGAACUAACUUGAAAGAAAAAAAAAGUUGUCAUGUAUUUGACUGAAAGUGAUUGUUGAAUGAAAACAUAGUUGAAAGCUGUGGUUUAAUUUCGCUGUAAAUAUGUACAAGUGAAUUAAAAUCUGUGAUUCCUUUUCCCUCCAAAGGCUUUUGUGUACAUGGAGCUCCGUCUUGCUAUUUUCUUUGGAAAUAAACGAUGUGAUGUUCCCCUUC